AUUAAUCAUGAAGAUCGUUGCUUUGACCAUCGUUGCGUUCAUCGCCCUUGCCAGUGCUACCUGCCCGUAUGCUAGCUCCUACUCAGCUCCUACCCCUUCGGCUCCUGGCUACCCGGCUCCUCCUUGCCCCAAAAACUACCUGUUCAGCUGCCAGCCCAACUUGACCCCAGCUCCAUGUGCCCAAGAGGCUCCUGCCUACGGAUCCGCCGGAGCUUACACCGAGAAGAUUCCGUUCUAUGUGGGACAGCCCAACCGUGAGCAGCUUCAGCAGUUCCACCAGCGGAUUGGAAUGGCCGCUCUCAUGGAGGAACUGCGCGGCUUGGGCCAGGGAAUCCAGGGUCAACAGUACUAGUGACGGGAUUGGAUUGGAUUGACACUCUGUACAUUAUAACUGGAUCAUUAAAAUUAAACUGUUUAAAAAAAAC